UACCAAGAUGGAACCGUGCCCGACGAUGGUGACCACGGCGAGCUUCAACGAAUAGGGUCGACACGGCGAGCUGCAACGGCGACCGCAGGAUGUUGUGGGGCAGCUGGACGCGGUGGCCAUGGUCCAGGGAUGCUAGGGGAGGCGAGCUCAUGCGCUGGACUUGGGCGAGAGCACGGCGCGGCACCUAGAAACUUGAGUUCACGCGCCUUGUUCGCGAAACCACCACGGCCCCACCGCCUUUGCACAAUGCCACAAUGCACUCCGAUUCCGGCCAAUUUCUGGACUGCGCGCCCGAGUCGAAUUCGGCUCCCACUUGUUUCAACCGCCAUGACCCUUGAUGAGCUAUAUAAGCAGGCCCCGGUUCCGCUCUAGGAGCACAGCCUGCGACGUUCUCGCAGUCAGCCAAAUUACUCACCACCACCCAAGUUCGUCCGCUCGUGUACGCGCAGCUAGACAUGGCCAUGGCCACCGCCGUGAACGAGCACGUCCUGCUCAGCCAUCCCGACAAGCUGGUCCUGCUCGCCGAGAUCCCGGCCGCAGACUCGUGCGGCUCGUCCUCGUCGCAGCCCGACGUCACCUUCCGGCUGGUCGUCGAGCAAUGCAGCGACUACGGCGGCGGCCCCGUGGACGUCGACACGAUGGAGGACGUCUCCUGCCGCGUGCCGCUCCGCGACCUGGGCCGCCGGGCCGCCGCGGACCGGGCGUUCGCGGGCCUCGUGGCCAGGCUCGACAACCCGAUGAUACGCCCGGAGGUCGCGACGGAGGCCCGGAGGGCCGCGGAGCGCGUCGGGGCGAGGCGCGGCGCGGCCGGCGGGCUCGCCGGCGUGGAGUUCCGCCUCCGCGUGGUGUUCGUCGACGACGGCGCGUCCGAGGAGCCGGCGGCGUCGGACGAGGACGACGAGAGCGGGAGCGACAUGGAGUUCGGGGAAUUCGACCUGAGCGGCGCGCGGAGCCUGCACGGCCAGCGGGCCGUCGCCGCGUACGAGGACGACGACGAGGACGGCUGCGGCGCCCAGUUCACGGUGCGCCCGUACCGCGCGGGGGAGGGGGCGAGCCUGCUGCUGUCGGGCUUCGAGGCGCGCUCGGACGGCCCCGAGCUGACCGAGCAGCACGAGCUGACGUCGCAUGACAUGCGCCGCCUCGUGCACCUGGCGCUGGAAGGGGGCGCGAGCAUGGAGGAGGACGAGGCCUACCAGCGAGCGCUGGCCGGCGGCACGGCCGUGUCCCGGGCGUCGCGCGCCGCUAUGGUCGACCAGGCGCUGCAGUCCGCGAGCCAGCAGCAGCAGCAGCGGUCCAAGUCACCGAGCCCGAUCUUUCCGAUGCGUUCCGGAUUCUGAUGCCGGCCGGAUUGCAACAAACUUUCCUUUUUACGUGUCUUUUGGUUGGAAACCCCCACCGUGUAAAGUUGGAAUACUCAUUUCUUUUAUUAGGGUCACAAGUUGGAAAUUGGAAUACUCUUGUGUGUAAUGGCUCGUGAAACCUA